AUGUCACAUACCAUUGUGCGGAAAUAUGUGGCAACAACAGACGGCCUGGAUGCUGCACAGUCAAAACCAGUGGGACAGCGAGAUAAAUGGUUUGAAAACCAGACUUUGCAUAACCGAUAUGAGCUGCUGUAUUUUGACCUGUGUCAGGCCAUGAACACCGGAGACAUCGGGAGGGUAGAGGUGUCCUUCCUCCCAUGGAUAUAUAUUCUCAAAGCUACCAGCAAGCAUAAGUACUCGUCACAGAUAUCCAGAUUUCUGAACAACUUACAGUUUAACUGGCCAGAAUCAUUGAGGUACAAGUUAGUUUGA